UAUCUUUACGCUGUACAGCAACUCCAUCUCGGGCACCAUCCCUCCGCAGACGAGCAAGCUCUCGCAGCUGGAGUAUCUUGGCCUGUUCGACAACGACAUCUCCGGCACCGUGCCGUCGCAGCUCAACAACCUGCCGCUGACCUGGAAGCAUGCGGCAGCCAAUCGCGCGCGCCAUGACAACUACGCCUUCUUCACCUUUGUCCGUGACCCGGUAGAGCGCUUUGCUUCAGCCGUUUACGAGAUCAACUUUAUGCUCGAUGACGUUAGGGUGUUGAACCAGCUGAAAUUCGUUGGGCGGGUCGAAAACCUAUCGGAGGACCUGCGGGCAAUUCUGCAGUCGCACUCCCUCAAUGUCAAUGAGGCGCAACUUGCGCAGACGCACUUGCGGCGAAGCGGUGACGCCGCGGUGCCAAAGUCCAGUCGGUGGCCUGACUGACAGCCUCAUAUUGUGUUUGAUGUCUAUAUGUGUGGUAAAGG